UGGUGUCCCACAAUGCAUUUGCAAACUGGGGCUGGUCCUGAAGAGCCAAGAUGGCCGACUUUGAGGAACAACUCACCGAUGAGGAGAAGGUCCGUGUCGCCGCCAGUUUCGUCCUCCACGCGCCCCCCGGAGAGUUUAAUGAAGUCUUCAACGAUGUGCGGCUACUGCUCAACAACGAUAACCUUCUCAGGGAGGGGGCGGCACAUGCCUUCGCCCAGUACAACAUGGAUCAGUUCACCCUCGCCAAAAUUGAUGGGUACGAGGAUCAGGUCCUGAUCACUGAGCACGGAGACCUGGGCCACGGCCGCUUCUUCGACCCGCGGAACAAGCUGUCCUUCAAGUUCGACCACCUGCGCAAGGAGGCGAGCGACCCCCAGCCCCACGAGGGGGAGGCGGGGCUGCAGGCCUGGAGGGACGCCUGCGACUCCGCCCUCAGGGCCUACGUCAAGGAGCACUACCCCACCGGCGUGUGCACCGUCUACGGGAAAACCAUCGAGGGACAACAGACCAUCAUCGCCUGCAUCGAGGGUCACCAGUUUCAGCCCAAAAACUUCUGGAACGGCCGCUGUCGGUCCGAGUGGAAGUUCAAUGUCGGACAGUCCUCCGCGGAAGUGGCCGGAGUUCUGAAGAUCCAGGUGCAUUACUAUGAGGAUGGUAAUGUCCAGCUGGUGAGCCACAAGGAUGUGCAGGAAUCUCUCAUUGUCUCAAGUGAGAGUCAAACGGCCAAGGAGUUUGUGAAAAUCAUCGAAAAUGCUGAAAAUGAGUACCAGACCGCGAUCAGUGAGAACUACCAGACCAUGUCGGACACCACGUUCAAGGCCUUACGCAGACAACUGCCCGUCACCCGCACAAAGAUCGACUGGAACAAGAUCCUCAGCUACAAGAUCGGCAAGGAGAUGCAGAACGCUUAGCGCGCGCACGCACAUACCCGCCCGCGUUAACGGAUAUUUAACGAGGAAAGCUAAGAAAACAGAGCAGACAGUUUCACGAAUUCCGUUUUUUUUUUCCCCUGCUGAUGUUUUUGUAAGAGAGCCAGGAUUUGACUUUUGUUUUUCUGGGGGGAGGGGGAGGAUGAUUCUGCCUGCCGUCGCUUUAGGGGUGGAGGGGGGGGCUAACGGUGAAGACACACUGAACGCGGAAAAACCGCCUGGCACCGCAUCCGCGUCCCUCAAUCGGCCGCUUGUGGACGUACAGUGCAUUUAUUUUGACUGACAGGUGGCGUUCGUUACAUCUCAACCGGGUUCAACGUUAUGUUUCCACUGUCCAGUUUUAAUCAAAUUUAAAAAUCACGAAAAUGUAAGAUUGAAUUUUGUAUGUGGUUUGAGCUGGCUAUAUUAUUGCCCUAUUUUUAUGUGUUUUGUGUGAUAGGGAUAGCCUACUUUAUUCAUGCACUUUAUUCAUUUUUAUAUCAGCUAGGUUACAUUCUCGUUUUGUUUUCGAUCAUUUGAGGGACAGCACGACAGCACGUCAGAACAGGUUAUAGCCAGCCAGCUUUGGUGCUGUGACACAUGUUUAACAUGAAACUCGUGGCGAAUGUUACAAUAUAGCAACGUUGCUGUUAGAAUCGAUCAGAGCAAGCUAGCCAGCUUUAGCGCCGUGUUUCCCUUAAAUGAAAUGUGAAACUUUUGCUAGCCUUUUACGCCGCCCCGCACCGCUCGCCCAGAAAGCAACGCACCGCAACACGCUUUGCAUUUAAAAUGAAUGAAUGUGGCGCCACCGCCAGCUGAAACCGCGUUCAAUGUGUCUUCACCGCUUCACUCUUCUGCAAAUCGCGUGUCUCCGUUUGAGCGCGUCUCUCCCGCGACGCUAUGACAGUUUAACUGCUCUCAAGGUCAGCGUUCAGCAUUCUGUUUAAUUUACGUGUUUUUUUGUUUUUUUUGGUUUGUUUAGUUUUUUUUAUUUUAUUAAACAUUAUUAUCUUAUAAAUGUGACCAGCCUUGUGUUUCUGGCUGGUUAAAUAUAGGCCCCCAGUUUACAGCCCUAUGAAAUGAAUUUACCUGGCAAGGCAGCUGGCUUAGACUGUAACCCAUCCACAUAGGCGGCGCUUGUCACUCCACGGUUUUGAGACCAUGUAGACACACCUGUACACCCUGCAUAUUACCUCAUAGUUGUAAAGUGGGGUUUCCCCCAAAUGAACAAACACAUAGGCCUAAUAGAAAUCAAUGUAAAACACGUCCUCAUCGGACUCUUUCCCAUGGCAAAGAUCUCCCUAACCGACUUGCGUUACAUGCUAAACGUAUACGUGUAUACAGAUUUUUAUAUUUGUGAUUAUGCAUUUUUGGAUUUUUCAGUCCCGAAGUGGCACCCCCCCUAGCAUAGUGUCAUAUGCGUCCUUCCACACUUCUUGUGUGCGUAUGUUGUUUGACCGUGCUUACACAAAAACGGUUUCCGCUUUCAGGAAUUUGCACAUUUCCCUAGUCCAUGUGUAUCCAUGGCCACCAGCAGUACUGCAGUGCGACCAGGCUCCCUAGUCUUUCCAUAAAAAAGACGGCCUACUGCCCCCUUCUGGUGUGAAGUAUAAGUACAGAUAAUAUACAUGGGUCAGUGAUGUCAUCCCUCAAUCCAAGUCCAGCCUCUCUCCCAAGCUGUUUUUUUUUUUUUUUUAAACAAAAUGUAAGAAUAAACAUGUAUAAUUCAAAAUGAAUAAAGGAUUUGCACCAAAAAUGA